GAGAGAGAGAGAGUAAAGAGAAUCGAUUCGAUCAUAAAGAAGAAGAAAGUAUCUCUCUUUUUUUCUUUUUUUUUUUCAGUGAGAGAGAGAAGAAGAAACAUUUGAGUUCUGAUGAGUUCUGGAGGAAUCGUGGCUGAACCAACAGCAGCUCCUUCAAGCGGAGUUGGAAACGUGGAGUGGCACGUCAGACCACCCAACCCUAAAAACCCAGUCGUCUUCUUCGACGUCUCUAUUGGUGGUAUCCCUGCUGGUCGUAUCAAGAUGGAGCUUUUCGCCGACAUUGCCCCCAAAACAGCUGAAAACUUCAGGCAGUUCUGUACUGGUGAGCUCAGAAAGGCUGGGAAGCCUCUCGGUUACAAAGAAUGUCAGUUUCACAGAGUCAUCAAGGACUUUAUGAUUCAAAGUGGUGACUUUCUUAAGAAUGAUGGGAGUGGAUGCAUGUCAAUCUAUGGCCACAAGUUCGAUGAUGAAAGCUUUACUGCCAAACACACUGGACCAGGAUUGCUCUCCAUGGCAAAUAGUGGGCCAGACACAAAUGGGUGCCAGUUCUUCAUCAGCUGUUCAAAAUGCGACUGGCUUGACAACAAGCAUGUUGUCUUUGGGAGAGUGCUUGGAGAUGGUUUAUUGGUGGUGCGGAAGAUUGAGAACGUUGCUGUUGGACCAAACAACCGUCCUAAGCUUGCUGUUGUUAUUACAGAGUGUGGUGAGAUGUGAAAAUGUUUUUGCCAUGAGAAAAAAACUUGAAGAACAUGUCUUCUGAAGGAGGAAUGUAGUGAGAGGCCAAAGCUUAUUAUAGUUUUAAACCUUACGCAUAUGUGACUUAAAGCUGAACUUUUGUCAUUUAGUUUCUUUUUCACUUGGUUGUCAUCAUUACCCAAAGUAUAGCCACUUGUGAACUUUGGUUUAGAAAUCAAUAACUUAUGAGUGAAAAUGAGCCAUUUUAUAUU